UGCCGUGUGUUGGUGAUGAUGGAAAAAAUAGAUCAAUGACGUUUUAAUUCAGUCAAGUUAUACAAAAGUAGUAGUUAGCUUUUCAAAGAAAAACUCCUUUAAUUUUUAUUUUAUUCUUUUUAAGCGUUUUCUAUUCAGUGAAAAUGGUUUUGUAGGUUGUGAAAAGUAAUUAUUAUAAUAAUUGGAAUAGUAGAGUUGCGUUUAUGUUAAAGGAAAAAAAUAUUUACACUCGGAACGCCAUUAUGCUUGUAAACUAAAUUAAUAACGGUGCAGAGUCAAUUUGAAUGUCUCCUAUCCUAGGAAGUAAUUUUCCAUCUAAACAUACUGUGAACUUAUUUGUAAAAGGAAUUGAUUCCUUUCAAUUUUGGCGGGAGACCUGGCACGUUGUUUUGGGCUGUUAGAUGGUGAUCUGUCAGCUGUCGCCGUCUGGCCUCGACGCCUCGUCCUGGACUUUAAGGUCUCGGAGGUGUUUACUUACUGCAAAAUUAGAAGUGCAAUAGUGAUUUUCCUGGUGCGGUGCGAUUGAUGUGGACUUUGGAUAAUGCGUUGCGAUUAGACGCGGAUAUGGAUGGCAUGCGAACGUGUCCAAGCUACGAGGCCGGGUUUGACGCGUGUGAUCCGUUGGGUUCAGUGUUGGAGUGGUCUGGGCGAGGGCCAGCGCGGGUGUUGAGGCGGCGCUGCCGCAGCGAGGGCGUCGAUCGCUCGCCGUACGAGGAUGCGGUGCGCGAGUACCACCGAUCCGCGGACUACGCUCGCAAUCACCGCUCCUUGCCAAACAAGAGCCAUUUUACGAUAAAUAACGGCUACGAAGUGCGAUACGACCGCUUCCACCUCGAGUGCUCUCUACCGGCCGCGGAGAACGGCGACUUCCACAUGGCGCACGAACACAACGGCCACCAUGGUUACCAGCCAGGAAAGUCAAAAUAUCAUAGAAGUCCAACAAGACCGCUGUUAGUGACUACAAUGUCGAACACCAAAUUAGACGACAAUAGGUUGCCAAAAGUUGAGGAAAUGUUUGAAAAGGUUGACCAGGAGAUGAUGGAGGUGACAAUGCCCAAGCAACCUCUGAAGUCAAUACUCAAUAACCACAAGACACAACUGCAGAGCAUAUUGAAGAAACCUAAAAAUAGAUCUUAUCAGGAUACAAAAUCAAUUGUAGAAGGGCGGAGACGGCAGAGGGCUUCAAGUGAAUCGGAUAAUUAUUAUUGUACAUUUCACAUAGGAUCUCCCAUACAAGGUUAUGACAGCCACUUAUCGUACCUAUCAAGCAAUAUGAAACGGGCAAAAGACAACUCUGGCACUGGCUACUCAUAUGGCACAGCCAUUAAUGCACUAAGCAACACACGAGCAAGAUCUCCAACUACUAACUACUCAAAAAGCACUCGGUGUACAUGCAGAGACCAAGUUAUAGUGGCACCCGAGGAGGAAAUUUACAAAAUGCACAUUUUGAGAACCACUGCCAUCAAUAGUGACACGGUUGACGACAUUCCUGUUAUUGAAAUGCCACGUCAAGACACUCACACGCCCACCCGGCCGGCUGUGAGCCCGGCGCUUCCCGUUAGCUCGGUCACAGCCAUUCCCGUAGCCAAGAAACCUGUCAAGACGAAGAAGAAGGCCAAGACGAAAAAGGCCGUCAAGAUGAAAAUAAACAGCAAGGUCGAUGUGCAUGACGUCGAGGACAAUUCGUUAAGCAGAUCACCGUCGCCUGACGGUUACACAGAGCAAUGGCACAUGGAGACAGACGCACACGGCGUCAUAGACAAUCACCUAAAGAUAGAGAAAAGCGAUGUGGAACAUAACUCUGUGGUCAAAAUUACUAGUAAACUCAACGGAACCGUUGUAACACCUAAGAAAGUAGCUUCUAAAGAAUCGCCCUUAUGCCUGCCAGAGCCGAUAAACAACUGCCUCAGGCCGUCCCUGUUCCCUCGGGUACCUCCUUACCUCAAGUUCAUAGGUCACGAGGAGACCGCACCGCUCAAGAUACCGAUGCCAAUACAGAAACACCUCAAGUGGAAACUCACAACAAUCACACCUAUAGUUGUGAAGAAAACUUUGAUCAAUUCGGGGUUCAGACUGGUGAAGAGCGAGUGUGAUACGGCCGAGUGUCCGCAGGAAGAAACAGUAGAAUGGAUAGGCAUAUGGGGUAAACAUAUGAAAUCAUUAAUGUUCCGAGCCAUUAAGGACGGUCAGAAAAUGAACCAUUUUCCGGGAACCUUCCAAAUCGGCCGCAAGGACAGGCUAUGGAGAAACUUACAGAAGUUGGUGACGAAGUAUGGCGUUAGUGAAUUCGGCAUAAUGCCCAAGACCUACGUAUUGCCGCAUGAUCUGAAGAUAUUGAAACACGAUUGGGAAAUGCACGCCGCUAAUGACGAAAGGUGGAUUAUUAAACCGCCCGCCUCAGCCCGUGGGACCGGCAUCAAAGUGGUGUCCCGCUGGACGCAAAUCCCUAAAAAGAAGCCCGUAGUGGUGCAGCGAUACGUGUCCAAGCCGUACCUUAUAAACGGUAGCAAGUUCGACCUCCGAUUGUACGUGCUAGUGACGUCAAUGCACCCGCUACGGAUAUACCUUUAUAAAGAUGGCUUAGCUAGGUUCGCUUCUGUAAAAUAUAACGACGAGUUGACGUCGCUGAACGAUAGAUACAUGCAUUUAACAAAUUACUCCAUUAACAGACUCUCCAAGAAUUAUACGCCCAAUGAAGACUUCUCGGCGUGCGAGGGGCAUAAGUGGACAUUACAGACCCUAUUUCAAUACCUAAAGACUGAACAGAACGUUGACACUGAAGCACUAUGGGAGUCCAUAAAGGACUUGGUGAUCAAAACUAUAAUCUCCGGUGAAGCCAGCAUUAGUUCCUUAACAAAAGCCAAUAUAACCUCUCGAUAUAACUGCUAUGAGUUGUUUGGUAUAGAUGUUCUAUUGGAUGAGGAUUUAAAGCCAUGGCUUUUAGAGGUCAACAUAUCACCAAGUUUGCACAGCGCAUCGCCGCUUGAUAUACACGUGAAGGGCCCUCUAGUAACAACAGUUCUUAACAUUGCCCAGUUCCAAGUUCCAACUAAGACCAACCUAGAUAUUCUAUCGAAGGAGAAGCCUACAAAAUUGGCCGGACUGCCCUAUGACAGUAGAUUGUAUACAGUUUACUUGUCGAAAGAAGAAAGGGAUAAACAUAUUAUUUAUACUAACAUGGAAGACAGAGACAUGUACCUCCGCGACAUUUUGUCAACACUCACGCCAGACGACGUCCGUCACCUCAUCCAAGCGGAAGACGAACUAACGCAGACUGGUCCGAUGGAGCGCGUGUUCCCCACAGAACAUUCCCACAAGUAUCUGGGCUAUCUAGCGGGCCCGCGAUACUACAAUCGACUGUUCGACGCCUGGGAGACGCGGUACUGUUCCAACAGAGAACGCGGUGUGGAGCUCCUGCGCAACCUCUGCGACAUCGGCUACCACCUGGAAGUCCCGCCCGUGCCCCUCAAGCGGGCGGCGGCUCAGCAGUUGGAUCGUUGCAGAAUGACGUGGACGCGCCGUCGCCGCCCGCCUCGGAGAAGCCUUCCGUGCCCUCGCUUGCGUCGGAGCGGGCCUCCGCCUUCUCGCUCGCGUGCCCCGUGCCCCCCGCGCCGGCCACCCACGGACCCCCCGCGCCGGCCUCCCACGGACACCCCGCCCCGGCCUCCCACGGGCCCCCCGCCCGAGGAUGCGCGGACGCCGUCCCCCGAGCGACCGUCAUCGCCGCCCCAACGCUGCAGCCACGAGCCUAGCGCCGCCACAGACGUCAACAUGAACGAGUGCGACAAACCGGUACCGUGUUGACGCCGCUACAGUGCAGAUGACACCAAUGUACAUCGCACCAGUGUGACCUACAACUAUCAUUUCAUCUAUGUAAAGUACACUCCAUUUGUUUCUUACUCAUUUUGUUAUUUAAACAAUCUUUUUAAUUACUUUUACACCAGUGUGAUUUACGAAUUUUAUGUCAUUGAUGUGAAGUAUAUAGUCCAUUUUGUUUCUCAGGCAUCUUAUUAUUUAAACAAUCUUUUUCAUUACUUUUUUGUUCCAACCUAAGCCUAUUAAUGUCCCAUCUACUUUCUCAUUGGAAGGAGGGUUAGAGCUCUGAACCCACCACACUGGUCCGUUGCGAGUUGGAGGGCUUGAACGAUUGCUAUAACACACGUCAGUGAUAACAACCGUGUCUGACGGCUUAUAGUGCUCUUCGGUA